GUGGGCUGUUGAAUUGACAAUUGAUAUCGUUAACAUUUCACAAAAUUCAUAUUUUUCUCAAGUUUUAAACUAAUUUUCGUGGUAGCUAAAUUAAAUUCAUACAUAAAUAACUUUAUGUAAUCUUCUAUAAUCACAGUGUGCGUAUUUUGUUAAAAUAAGAAAAAAUGUACGAACUUAGAUGAAUUUGAAAUGCGUAUCAUUUGUAUCGGAUGUUUCAUGCUAAAAUGUAAUUUAAAAUGGCUCAAAAAUGGCCAAAGAUAAGUCCAUCAGCAAAAUCAACGAGUAAUCUGGUCGAUCGUCUCAUACGAGUUGGAUACUAUGAAUUCGAAAGAACCAUCGGUAAAGGAAAUUUCGCCGUAGUCAAACUAGCCAAACAUGUCGUCACUAAUACAAAGGUAGCUGUAAAAAUUAUCGAUAAGACGCAGCUAGAUGAAGAAACACUGAAGAAAAUAUUCAGAGAGAUCCAAAUAAUGACUCAACUAAGACAUCCUCAUAUUAUUAAACUCUAUCAGGUUAUGGAAACCGACAAAAUGAUAUAUUUAGUCACAGAAUACGCCAGCGGCGGCGAAAUCUUCGAUUACUUAGUCAAUAACGGACCAAUGAAAGAAGAAGAAGCAUGCAGGGUAUUUCAACAAAUCGUCUCCGCCGUACAAUACUGUCAUUCGAUGAAUAUCGUUCAUAGAGAUCUGAAGGCUGAAAAUUUAUUACUAGAUUCUAAUAACGAUAUUAAAUUAGCUGAUUUCGGUUUCAGUAAUACCUUUGUUGAAGGACAACCACUAUCUACUUGGUGCGGAUCUCCUGCGUACGCUGCGCCAGAACUAUUCGAAGGUCAGGAAUACGACGGUCCAAAAGCUGAUAUCUGGAGUCUUGGUGUAGUUUUAUACGUUCUAGUAUCCGGCUCAUUGCCUUUUGAUGGAACCACUUUGCAAACGCUGAGGUCUCGUGUAUUGAGUGGCAAGUUCCGUAUUCCCUUUUUCAUGACUGCUGAUUGCGAACAUUUGAUUCGACAUAUGUUGGUAGUAGAUGCAGAAAAACGAUAUUCUCUACGGCAAAUCAUCCAACACAAUUGGAUGAGAAAGUGCGGUAUUAAUUAUUCACAUGUGAUACUCAAUCCAAACCCUGUGAUAAAUAAUAAAGUUGUUGAACACAUGCUUCAGUUACCUGGACUUAAUCACGAUAUGAUUGUAAACGCUGUUCAACAAAAACAUUUCGACCAUGUUAGUGCCAUAUAUCAUUUAUUAGCUGAUAAAAUGGAAACCCCAAGUAGACCGCUGGCCCCUGCUCCGAAACCAGAUAAUAAAGACAUUAUCGAUUCGCCUCCGAGAAACCCGGAAAACAGUAUACUCAUUUCGUUCCCUUCGAUUUCGUCAUUAUCGUCCGAAUACGAAUUCGCCGAUGCUAAUUUACUCGAGAAGUACGGGGAUUCGGAUAUUGGCGAACCGUACAGUUUGAGUGGCCAAGACACGUAUCAAGUUACCAGUCGACGACACACUGUCGGUCCCGGAGACGCAUCUCAUACGCAGGCGAUGGAGGCGUAUUAUUCGCUGCAGACGAAUACCGGACGUCCGGUCGAUAUUGUGCCGAAUACGAAUUUAUUGCUGAAUUUACCCCUGGUGCAGUAUCUGCCUUUGCAGAAUUUCACCGUCAAGGAUCAGCAUCUAUUGAAACCGCCGCCUGUUAUGGGAGCCAAUGCCGGUGGAUUCGGCAGAAGAGCUUCAGAUGGAGGAGCUUAUCUUCAAAUGUACGGUAUCGAGAACGCCGACCAACAAAUGAUGCCCGGACCCGGUGGUAGUUCUCACCCGAUGCCCGAAACGUCUAAUGUACACAAUAACCUCAUGAGUUUGGAAAUGGAGGCUACCACUAGUGGUGUAGAAAUCAAGUUUUCUGGACAAGACGAUAUACUCAUAGAUGUACCCUCGAGUAGUCAUUCCUCCGGCAGCAGUAAACCAUGCGAUUCCGAUGAAGGUAAACUUUCACCUUAUCAUCAGCCAAAUAUGAAAGGCUCUCAGAAUACUCGAACCAGACGUAGCGGUUUAUUAACGGUCACUGAAAAGCCACCCGUCAUUAGCACGGAUAUUGUUCAAGAGGUGGAGGCUCGCAUGAACAGAGAAUAUACUCCACCUCAGUUACAUACAUUGCCAGCUGCCGCCUCUCUUCCUCAUAGGCAUCGUGUGUCACAAGUUUGUCCUCUUCCUACAGUUAAAGAAAGUAAAGUCCAUCGAGAGUCGGUCCCUUCGUACCCUACAUAUUCGUACAGAAAAGAACGCUCCAUCAGUGUUGGCAUGCCAAAAGUCCAUCGAGUAUCUGUUCCUUCGUACUACAGAAAAGAACGCUCCGUCAGUGUUGCGAUACCAAAAGCUGUUCGAGAUACUUUGAAAGAUACCACAUCGCAUUUACACGAACGAUAUAGUCCGGUUCGGAGAACCAGCGAGUGCUCCAAUAGUAUGGUAGAUACUGAUUCUUCUAUUAGAAAUGUUCAAAUAGAAUACUCCAUGUUAAAAAAAAAAAGCGACUGCGGCCGCGAGUGUAGUCGACAAGAAGAAUUACAAAAUAUGCAUAAAAUGCAUAUUAGAAAUAAUCCCAAUUGUGUAUCGGUAUCGGUACCGGUACCUACUAUGCCUCGAAGUCCAGGUAACUCGAAUGUUGCUUUAAUUGGCAGCAAUUUGCAGAAUUUACAGCUGCAUCAGUCGGCAGCUUAUCAUACGAAUGAUAAUUCCCAUAUGUAUGUCUGUGAUUCCUACGCGAAAUUAUCGGAUAGUCGAGACGAUGUAAAUAGUGGGCCACUUGAUCUCAGAGUUACUACACAUUCCUUAGAUGUAAGAACGGUUUCAAGUUACGUUAACGCGCAGCACAAUAACCAAGACGUUCCGCCUCGAAUCGACCUCACUGUUCCAACCAUAGAAGGAAUAGGACGUCAGAAGUAUACGGAUAUAUUCACGAUCCCGUCGUAUUGCGGACAAAGGCUUUCAAAUAAAGCGCUAAUAGACCAAGAAUGUAAUCGAGACGAGAUGGAAGUAGAAGAUAAUUAACCCGAAGGGUAAAUUUCCUUUCAAAUGCUGUCGAAUAUAUGUACAAUUUCUGAGCUUACGUUAUAUCAUUAUUUUUAGCAUUUUGUUACCAUUUUGUUUUAUUUUAAUUUUAAUUUUUUUUUUUCGUUCUCUGGAGUUUAUUUUUACGUUGUGAUUUUUUUUUCUUUUUCGUUCAUGUUUUUUUCCUUUCUUUUUUGAUGCAAAUUCUAUGCAAGUCGUGCGAGUCAGUAACCAUCACGACGACGUGCAAAUCGGUAUUAUUUUUACAAAUUUACGCGUUGUGUAAUUUAAGAUAAAGAAAAUUUGUUUUCCCCCCUUAAACAUUGUUAAUAUUAUUAUACAUUCUACGAUACGCAUAACUUUCCUCCAUUAUCUUCUCCUACAUUCCCAUACUCAUUUUAAAGUCAUUUUUACAAUUCGACGUGCGAUACGUCGUAAUGAGGGUUUUUUUUUCACUGGUUUGAAAUUCUGUUUUUAUUAUUUUUUUCCUUCUUUUAUUUGUUUUUAUUUUUCGCUAUUUUUAAAUGAGUUGUUAAUUUAACAUUAUGUAAUACCCUAAAUUAAUAAUUCAUUUUUAAUGUUUUAUUACUUUGUUGUAUUUUUUUUUCCUUCUUUAUUGCGUUCUUUUUUCCUCUUAUUCUUUUUUUUUUUUUUUUUUUUUUAUUUAUAUUUCUACUUAUGUUAAUGUUCGUAAGUUAGGACAAUGUUACUUUAUGUGAUUCGUUUUCAAAAGUAAAAAUACAUUUCAACAUUCUCUCCAUG